AUUUAGUGAUAUAACAAGUAAUAGAAAUCUCAGCAAAUUUUUUUGUUAUUUUGGAUUGUGUUUAAAAUUAAUUUGUUUAAUCAUUUUAUUAUAAAAUCUAUGUUAAACUUGAACUGAAUAUUUUGUGCGCAAAUCAAUUUAAUCUUCAUUUAAUACAUCACUUCAUUGCCUAAACAUUAAAUACAUUACAAUUGAAUUAAAUUAUAUUUUUGCUCAAAUUUUAAUGAUUUGUAAUGUAUUAGAAAUAACUUCAACAUAUUUAAAUUUAGUGCUGAUUUGGUGGUAAAACGGAUAUCAUGUGUGCGCUGAAGACAAAUAUGAGUGGAAGUGCUGCGGAUGUGAGGAGUGGUGACGGCUAUCACUACUAUAUGUAUCAGUUUUGGGACGAUAUGUGUGACCCGCGGACUAACUCAUUGCCGCUCAUGUCUGGCGGGCCGUGGAAUCUGAUGGCCAUUCUGUUGACAUACUUCGUGAUCGUCACUAAAUUGGGUCCCAAUUGGAUGAAACACCGGAACCCCUUUGAACUGAGAGGACUGAUGUUGUUAUACAACGUUGUGAUGGUUGCCAUCAACUUAUUCUUCCUCUACGAGUCGGUCCAGUGGUUGGACUUCGGCUCACGUCUGGCGGACUUCAAGUUUCCCGACAAUCGGGACAGAAGUGCGGCCACAAUGAGAAUCGUACGGAUGUUUCACUACUAUCUCAUCACUAAAUUUGUCGACUUUAUCGACACGUUGUUCUUCGUGGCCCGAAAGAAGACCAAUCAGAUCACUGUCCUUCACAUCUACCAUCACGUGUCGGUUCCCAUCAUCGGUUGGAUCAGCGCAUGGGUCUCGCCAGUGAUGCCAGUGUUAGGCCUGUUUGCGCUGUUGAACUGUUUCUGUCACGUCUUGAUGUACUCCUAUUACGCUCUGUCGGCGUUCGGGCCGUCAGUGCAGCCGUACCUCUGGUGGAAGCGUUACAUCACUCAAACCCAGUUGUGUCAGUUCGCCAUCAUUGGCCUCUACGGCCUACUCCUCAACGUCUAUCACACCGACUAUCCGCUAGUCUAUCGAGUAAUGCCUGUCUCUCAGGGGCCCAUAUUCUUCCUCAUGUUCGCCAACUUCUACAUCAAGUCUUAUCGAAGACAACGACUACUAAACAAAACCAAAUCAAAGGCCAAUUGACGGCCAUUUGCGUCCAUGUCUUCGGAUUAAGUGAUCCAGUGAUCAGUAAAUCCAGCGAACGCUUUGUCGCCAGUUUUAGCCCAAUCUUAAUGUGUAAUCGAAACUAAUUAUAACAAAUAACAAGUGAUUUUUAAAACAAGUUUU